GCCGCGCGCGGCGGCGGCGGUGGGUCCUCGCAGGUGGAUGGGUGGAGUUCGCUGAAGUUAGAGCAAGAUGGCGCCGAUUGGGGAUCUAAGCCCGGAGAACCCGAGUUGAAGCAACAAUCCCCGCCUAGGAAAGGGUUAAUGCGGGAGGGUAUCGCCGCUCCCUCUGACGAGGUGAUUCUCCCUCUUACGAGGUGACUCGCUUUAACUGAGUCAGGCGCGCCUCGCUGGCAAUGGAAAACGGCGAGCUGAACAGCAUGGAGACGAUGGAGACCCUGACGGAGCUCGGCGACGAGCUCACACUGGGCGAUAUCGAUGAAAUGCUACAGUUUGUCAGCAAUCAGGUUGGAGAUUUUCCAGAUUUAUUUUCUGAACAAUUAUAUGGCACGUUCCAGAGCAGCAAUGCAUGUAAUGGAGACAGAAUGUCAGAUACUUCACAGAAAGCCUACAGCCAGGGACAGUUACAGUCCUCUUCUCCUAGUGCAGCUUCUCCACCACAGCUUCAGUCUGUGCAAGUGAAGACGUCUCAGUCAGCAGGCACAAUUCCUGCUCCACAACGAACUGCACCGCCUCUUCAACCUCGCCCCCAAGUUCAGCCCCAACUUCAGCAACAGACAGUGAUGAUUACUCCAACUUUCAGCUCUGCUCCCCAGACCCGGAUCAUUCAGCAACCUGUAAUAUACCAAAAUGCAACCACAAGUUUUCAAGUGCUGCAGCCUCAGGUUCAAAGCUUGGUGACUUCCUCCCAAGUUCAACCAGUUGCCAUUCAACAGCAGGUGCAGACCAUGCAAGCUCAGAGGGUACUGACACAGAGUACCAGUGGCACCAUCCAGACACUAACUCCAGCGACUGUCCAGGCAGUAGCUGCCCCUCAGGUUCAGCAGGUUCCAGUCCUAGUCCAGCCACAGAUAAUCAAGACAGAUUCUCUUGUCUUAACAACAUUGAAAACUGAUGGCAAUUCUGUUAUGGCUGCUGUUCAGAAUCCAGCCCUGACAGCAAUAACCACACCCAUACAGACAACAGCUCUGCAGACCUUGGUUGGUGGCAAUGGGGCCAUCUUGACAACUAUGCCUAUGAUGAUGGGAGGGCAGGAGAAGAUGCCCAUUAAACAAGUGCCUAAUAACACUAAGCAGCCAGAACCACCAAAGGAAGGAGAAAGGCGAACAACUCAUAAUAUUAUUGAGAAGAGAUAUCGAUCAUCUAUAAAUGACAAGAUCAUAGAACUGAAAGAUCUGGUCAUGGGAACAGAUGCUAAAAUGCACAAGUCAGGUGUACUGAGGAAGGCUAUCGACUACAUUAAAUAUCUACAGCAGGUUAACCAUAAAUUGCGACAGGAGAACAUGAUCCUUAAGCUGUCUAGCCAGAAAAACAAGUUGUUGAAGGGUUUUGACUUAAGCAGUCUAGUGGACACUGAUGUGGAUAUGAAGAUGGAUGAAUUCAAUCAAAAUGCUCUAUUGAUGUCUCCUCCAGCUUCUGACUCAGGGUCACCAGCAGGCUUUUCCCCUUAUUCAAUUGAUUCAGAACCAGGAAGUCCAUUAUUGGAUGAUGCAAAGGUGAAAGAUGAACCUGAUUCUCCACCUGUUGCUCUUGGAAUGGUUGAUCGCUCACGGAUACUGCUUUGCGCUCUCACAUUCCUCUGUCUCUCCUUUAACCCUUUAACAUCUUUUUUGGAUGGCAAAGAAGCACCGGACACUUACAGCACAGUGCAUCAUGGUUCUGAGAGGAAUAUACAAGCAAUAAAAUCAGAAUCAGGAGGCUGGUUUGGCUGGAUGAUGCCCACUUUGAUCUUGUGGCUUGUGAACGGUGUCAUUAUCUUGAGUGUAUUCAUAAAACUGUUGGUGCAUGGAGAGCCAGUGACACGACUGCAUUCCCGUUCCUCUGUGACUUUUUGGCGGCAUCGGAAACAGGCAGACCUGGACUUAGCUAAGGGGGACUUUGCUGCUGCAGCAUCAAAUUUGCAGAUCUGUCUUUCUGCCCUGGGCCGAGCGUUGCCUACUUCUCGUUUUGACUUGAUCUGUAGCCUUUCCUGGAACAUUAUUCGUUAUAGUCUCCAAAAAUUGGGAUUAGUACGUUGGCUGCUAAAGAGGACAUCACAGCAGAGACGAGCAACCGAGACGCCUCUUGGCUUUGAAGAUGAAGCCAAGACUAGUGCACGAGAUGCAGCAUUAGUGUAUCAUAAACUUCAUCAACUCCAUAUUACAGGUAAGCUUCCAUCUAGUUCAGCUUACUCAGGAUUGCACAUGGCAUUGUGCGCUGUAAACCUGGCAGAAUGUGCAGAGGAGAAGAUUUCGCCAAGUACCCUGGCAGAGAUUCAUCUAACUGCUGCAGUUGGCCUGAAGACUCGCUGUGGUGGCAAGCUGGGCUUCCUGGCGAGUUAUUUCUUAAGUCAAGCUCAAAGCUUGUGUACUUCUGAGCAUAGUGACAUCCCUGACUCCUUACGCUGGUUGUGCCAUCCUUUGGGGCAGAAAUUUUUUGUGGAACGGAGCUGGACAGUGAAAGCUGCUGCUAAGGAUAGUCUGUACUCCACUCAGAGGAACCCAGCUGAUCCCAUUGCACAGGUACACCAGGCAUUCUGUGAGAAUCUAUUGGAGAGAGCUGUUGAAUCCAUUGUGAAGCCUCAGAUUCCUAAAGGGGCUACAAGCCAUGAUGAUGAAGCACCCUGUGAAUUCGCUAAUGCUUUGGAAUACUUGACAUUACUAAGUUCUUUUGUGGAUUCUUUGGGAAAUGGGAUACCACCUUUUUCUGGAAAUUCUGUGCUGAAGUCUGCUCUAGAUCCUGAUGUAGUCUGCAGAUGGUGGUCAUCAGCAAUCACAAUGAUAAUUAGCUGGCUCAAGGGUGAUGAUACAGUUGUGAAAUCUCAGUUUAUCAACGUGGAACGAAUUCCUAAAUGCUUGGAGAUGAUGGAGAAUGCCCUUGUACGAGCUAUCUUCCAUGUAUGCAAAGCCAUGAAUGCCUUAUUGUCUAGCAAGGCAGAUGGGCAGCAUAGUUCAUUUAGUCAUUGUGAAAGAGCUAGCACUCAUCUCUGGAAUAGUCUCAACGUGAGAAGUGGGGUCUCAAGCACAAGUCUCAACAAUAUGAUCCAGUUGCUGGCUUGCGAUCUACUGUUAUCUCUCCGUACCACUCUAUGGCAGAAACAGACAAAUUCUAGUCUAGCUUUGGGAGACACGCACCAUGCUUCUGCUUCUGAACUGACUGGCUUCCAGCGUGAUCUUGGCAGCCUGCGAAAACUAGCAAAUAGCUUCAGGCUCGCUUACCGAAAGGUUUUUCUGCAUGAGGCCACUGUCCGCUUGAUGGCAGGAGCCAGCCCCACACGUACUCAUCAGCUGCUUGAGCAUAGUCUCAGACGUCGGAUCCCACAGAGUACCAAGCAAGGUGAGUUGGAUGUUCUUCCUGGACAAAGAGAACGAGCUACAGCAAUUCUAUUAGCCUGCCGCUACCUCCCCCUGUCUUUUCUGUCAUCUCCGGGCCAGCGGGCUGUCCUGCUGGCAGAAGCAGCUCGUACACUGGAGAAGAUUGGCGACAUGCGUUCCUGCAAUGACUGUCAGCAGAUGAUUGUGAAACUAAGUGGUGGCACAGCUAUUGCUGCCUCCUAACCCUAGAAGAAUAUUGAGACAUUGAAUGAAUACUUGUUACAUUCUCUUCCUUUUUCUUAAAAACCGUUCCAGAUUUGUGGAAGUUCAUUAUACUAAUAGGAGACGGUGACUUGGUGUAUAGCAAGUGGCAAAUUAUUUGCCUCUAAGCAAAAAGAUUGUUCAUGCUGGUGCUAGAAAGUUAUUUUUCCCCCUGGCAGAGACUGAUAUCUUGGACUGGUUAAUUUGGAUAUCUUUGAAAGAGGGAUUUGCUUUUCUCUCAUUCUUUUUACAAACCAAUCUCUAUUGAAAACAACUUUGGGGUAAUGAAUUAGUAAAAAGUGAAAAAUUUGGUAUGAAGUCUCAUUUGAUGGCAUUUGCAAUGAUUCAGUAAAUAGAUAGAUUCAAAGAAGAUAGGAUUGUGUGUUAACUUCUUUUCUCCUCAGUAUAUGUUUGUCCUACUUACUGAUACCUUCCAAUAAAAUAGAAGCUUUAGGAAGUCAGGACAGUUCUCUAGAGAAGUGCAUUAUGGUUUUUAUGCUAUUUGGGUUACAGUUAUUUAUGUUUUAUCAUUUUACAAACUAAAAAAUCCAGUUUCUUUUUGUCUCAUACUCUUCAUUCUGUAUCUUUCUUCUUUCUGUAGUCCUUUGUAAACUGAUGAUGAUCAGAAUGAUAGAAACUAUAGUUUCAACCAAUCUAUCAAUUUUUAUUCAGCCAUAGACCAGCAGAUAAAACAAGAAAAAUUGCAAUUAAUUAUGAUAAAAAGGAAAAAAAUCCAAGGAGGAGUAGAAAAACAAACUUAGUGUACUGUGCAAACUAUAGAAUAGUACUUAGCUAUAAAGAAGUAAAAUCAGAUUAAUAUGAUAAUUAAAAAAUAAGUUAAAACAAAUCAGAACAACCCAGAAGUUUAAUAAAGAAUAGACAUAAUAAUUCCUGGUGAGCAUUUCUUAGAGGAGACAAUAUAAAAUAACUUGUUCCAUUUUUCAAUUGUUUCUUCAUGGCAUGGACACAAUCUAUGUUUGAAGAGAAUUUUUUAGUGUCUCUCUUCAGUAACAACUAUUGGGAAGACAUUGAAUCUGGCCAAGGAUAAAGCCCUUCUAAAUUUUGGAAUUGUUAUGUGACUAAGGUAUAUCACUGGUUGAAGAAGAUACAAGAAAUUAUAACAUCUAAAUCAGCAGGUUGCAGAAGACUGAUCUGUAGCAUAAUUGUAAGGCCAGGAAUUGAAUCUUCCUUUUAUAUAUUCUUCCUGUUAGGGAAAAAGGGAAGAAUAAAUACAACUAAAAGCAUUAAUUAAAAAAAAUGGUUAGAUGACAGGAAGAUGUAGGCUUCCUGAUCUCAAUUGGGACUGAAGGUAAAGGGUAGAACAUUAACAUCUUUUCCAGCACUGUUUUGCUGAAGGAAAUCCCACCUUCAAUUGCUUUGGAAAGAGAUUUUCAGCAAGAUGAAACGUGGACAAGGAUGAAAUGUUCCUCCCCAAGACCUUGAUUUGGAUGCCUGUUUGUUAUAAACAAAGAGGUAGCUAGCCUAGCUACACUUUUUAAAUCAUGUGGAUAAUCAUCUAGCUUGACUCUCAAAAAAUACAACCCCCUCCCCCCCCCAAGCUGUUUACAUCCAUGUAAGAUUUACCACCUUGUGGUAAAAAUUAGUUCCAUGUUCACCGUUUGGUAAUAAAGAAGCACUGUUCUUUUCCCACAAUUUUUGGGAGUAACAUAUUUAUAGUAUGGACGAAGUAUUUUAGUGUUAAAGGAAACAAUCUAUAGCUCAAUCUCCUCUGGCAGAAUUACACAAAUUUUAUAUUAUAUGGAACUCUUAAGGUCCACAAGCCAUGUUUUUCUCCUACUUAUUUCCUUUGCUUACUCUCUUUUUUUUGUUAAGUCUUUCAUUGCAUUAAUCUAAAUUUCAUGGCAGAAGAGCAAUUUGGAAAUUCACCCAACUUUAAUUAUAUUAUUCCUUGAAAUAAUGCAAUUGGUAAUUCUUGGCUACAUCAUAGAUAGGAUUCUCAAGAAUGAAAGGUCUUUUGAACUUUGUUUCAAUGCCCCCAAAUGUGAAGCUGUAGUGGUAAAGACAUUUUAAAUAUUGCUAUUUCAUAGUUGGAGUCGAAAUACAUCUCAAUUAGAGAUGCAAAUCAUGAUGAGAGAGUUUUAAUGCUCCAUAGUUAACCAGAAACAGAUUUCACAGUAAGGCCUUGACUUAAAUCUUGAAGGUCUGUUCUCAGUCAACCUGCAUUUAUUGAAAUGUAAAAUUUUAAUUUAAUGCAAUUUUCCUGUUUCUCCCUUAUAUAUGUGAGUGGGUGUGUUUGGUUUGUAUAUCCUGCCCCAUUCUGGUACAUGGUGAAAUUUAAUAUUUGACCAUGCUGUUUGAAAGAAGUUUUGUUCCGCUGGUUUCCUUGAUGGAAGUGUAUUUAAGUUUGUAUUUCUUACAACUGAUAUGCAUACUGUAAUUCUCUUGUAAACCUAGGUAGCCAGAAUAAGUGUCCCAAUGUGCUGCUGACACAGAGGCACCUUUAAAUUGGAAAGCUGCAUAAAGUACUAUUCCAUUCACUAAGACAGAAUCUUAAUGAUGGCAUUCCCAGUGCAGGUAGCAGCUAAGUAGGAAAAAUAAUAAACUUAUUGGGACUGAGGAGAUUAGAGGUCAUUGCUAAUUUAGGCCCCCAACUGCUGUUAUAUACAUGCAAAUUUUUCUUUACUGUAAAAUAAAAUAAUCAGCCCAGGAGUAACAAAAAGAGUGUGAAUUCUUAAGAGUCUAACUGAUUGAUUAGGUAGGCUUGACCUUGCAAAUGCUUCCACCUGGGCACUCUCAGGGCAAAUAAUUCAAUAUAAUUAAUUUGUUUAAAAAAAUGUAAAAAAAUACCCAUCUCUUUCUGAGCAUUUCAUGGUUUCUUGAAUUUGAAACAUUGAAAGUAGUUUAUUUUUGUUAAAAGAACAAAUGGCCAUUAUAAUAUAAAAAAAUCAUAUUAAUCAGUCAAUUGGAUGGAGAUGGGUGGCUAUAAAAAUUGAAUAAUUAAAUAAAUAUUGCACAGCCAUAAGAAUGAGGUUACUGUCUUCUUUAAAUUACAAUUGCAUAGAUGUGAUCUCUACAAAGAAAUCUACCUUCUCGCAUAUUUUUGGCAGUUUUAUACACUUCAUGUAUUUAUGGAACUGUUCCUCCUAAUCUUGCCCUAUAUAUGUUUUGUGUAUAUAAUGGUAACUUUUCUGUUUUUAUAUGAUAUGAAAAGUGUCUUUUUAUCCCAAUAAAAUUAGAAAUAGAGAUGCUUUGAUACAUGAAGAUGUAGCAGGUGGUGAUGUCACGAGAUGAGGGUCUCUGUUAUUCCCAGUUGUGACCUUUUGGUAUGGAUCAUUAUGUAAUUUAUCUAAUAAAGACAAAAUUUAA